CUCCUUUCAACGGACAUAACCCCUUCUGGACUCGUCUUCUUCCUCCUUCGCUAUCGAAUUUCAACCCGACCCGAAUUCCGAUUGCGAUUUCCUCCAAAUUCUCGCUCCCUCCUCCGAAAUGGCUCCUGUAGAUCCCGCAACCUGGACCCAUGAAUCCUCUAUCAUCAAGGAGGAUGAACUUCGAGAAGUGUCUAAGUAUAUGGUCAUGCACUAUCACUCUGUGGAGAAUGGGUUCAGAUUACCCCUCCAUGGUCUGCUCCGCGACAUCUGCCGCCAUUUCGGAUUUGCUCCUGGCCAGUUGACCGCUAAUGCGCACAAGUAUGUUGCGUCCUAUAUCUUGCGGUGCUGUGCCCUGGACAGAACUCCGACACUGGACAAAUUCCUCAUCUUCUUCAGUAUUGGUGGGCCUUUCCCUUAUUACAGCCUAUUUCCACAUCCCCAUGCUCCAAUCUUUGAGAGGGUUGAGUUUAAACACGACAAAUGGUCCCACCGCUACUUCGUCAUUGAGUUCCCGGUUCACAGCCUCUUAGAUCUACCGGGUGUCGUUCUCCGUAGUUCUAUUUCUCAGACAAAGUUCGCUGCAGUACCCCCGGCGGAGGCAGCAUACUACGCCUUGAGAGAGGAAAGGGGUUUGAUUCCACAUCACUCCCUUCAAGACGCAAGGUUCCUGCACUUCAUGGAGCAGGCCCAACAAUCACUCCUCACCCUGACUGAGGAGUACUUGGGUGGAGCGUCAGGGAACUACCGGGCCGUGGUGGUCCUGAAGGAGAAAGAGUUGGCUUUCAGGGCUCUGCAGCAGAAAGUUGACACCCUGGAACAACAAGUCCAGGUCCUUCAAGAAGAGAAUGCCCGGCUCAAGGCAAAUGGCUCAAUGGAACUAGAAGCUGAAAGGUCCAAGGUCAUGUCCCUGCAAGAGCAGAUUGCUACUUACCAAAGGGGGACCCAGGAUCUAGAAACGCAGUUUGACAGACUCCGGGCGCAAAUCUCCAUCCUAGAGUCAAAGGUCUCAACUUCAGAAGACAAGGUAGGGAGUUUAAAGACUGAGUUGGUUGAAAGGGAGUCCCGGAUCUCCGAGCUGGAGAAUUCCCUCCAUGACGCCAAGCAAGAGGGCGCCCAUCUUAACGACCUCGUGAUAAAACACAUAGAGGCGAAACGGCUUAUCCUCGGGAAGUUGGAGAAAGAGAGACAUACUGCCAGCGAGCUCCGGUCAAGGAUGGGUGAACUGGAGAAGACAAUAGCUGCUCAUCAAGGGGAGGUGGCUGCCCUGACCACCCGCGCUAAGGCCUUCCUCCGCUUCCGAAUAAUCGGUGACUUCUCCCCUGCCCCCGGGGGAGAACCCUCCAUGUUUCCCCCAGCGAAUAUCAGGGGACAUUCUCCCGAAUUCCGGCGCGCUUCCUGGAGGUACCAAGACGAGAACCUCCUUCGGCCAUCCCAGUACGUCCCGCCCCAGAAGAGAUGCAAUCCUCGCUCAGAAGCUACCCGGUUGGUCUCCGGUGCGAGGCCUUCCUCCCAAGGUUCUCCCUCUCCUCAGCAGUCAUAUGGACAGCACCCUGAGAAGUGGGGGGAUUAUGACAUAAGGGGAAACAGGCGUCCGUCUACCCUCGAAAUUUCAAGGUUUGAAUUCACUAUUAAUCCUCGAAUUUUCUUUGAAAAGAAGGAAGCUUUGGAUUUCUUUCAUGAUAGUGUUCUUCCUCGCAAAAUCAUAACCCCUCGAUUUGUUGAUCCUGUUGAUUUUGAGCGAGAUAAUUCUUAUGAACCGGUUUUGUCUAAGCUUCGUUCUUCGGGGUUGAUAAAUGUUGUGACAAUUCAUGAAUCUCAUAUCCCGGUUAAUCAUAUUAAAGCUUUCUACUCCGAUGUGACUUUCAAGCGUAGAAAUCAUCAAUUUGUGAUUAUUUCUAAGUUUUGUGGUAAAGAGGUUACUAUUUCUAGUGGUGAAUUGAAUGAGAUGUUUGGCAUGGAGAAUAGUAACAAGGAGCUCAUUACCCAAAAUAAUGAUCAAAACCCUUGGUAUAAUUUUGAUGAACAAAAGUGUUGGGAAGUGAUGAACUUUCGACCCAAAUUCAAUGAAUCUCGACGGCCCAAGGUGAAUGGAAUGCAACCUCCUCAACGCCUCAUUCAAUAUAUUUCCUCCUAUAUCCUGCGUGGGCGCUCGGGCAAUCACCCUCAAAUGAGCAAAGACGAUGCCAUGCUUAUCUAUGCAAUCUUGAAGCCGGUGUCUAUCAAUUGGGGGAAGUACAUCUUGACAUACAUGAACUUGUGCCGGGCAAAGAAAAAAUCUCUACCGUACCCCAUGCUUCUCACCUAUCUUUUGAAAAGGAAGGGAUUUGAAUUUGUGNUAAUGAUCAAAACCCGUGACGAUGCCAUGCUUAUCUAUGCAAUCUUGAAGCCGGUGUCUAUCAAUUGGGGGAAGUACAUCUUGACAUACAUGAACUUGUGCCGGGCAAAGAAAAAAUCUCUACCGUACCCCAUGCUUCUCACCUAUCUUUUGAAAAGGAAGGGAUUUGAAUUUGUGGAUGCCGAGAUGGAGAGUGAAACUCCUUUUUGGAGGAUCAAGAGGUCCACAGUAAUGAGAACCAAGCUUGAUGGUGAAGAUGAAGAACGUGAAGAAACAGGAACUUCUCAGUCACGUGUGGCUUCCCGGGGUAACAAGGUCACAUUGCUUAUGCUUUUUGAGUCCCUGCAAAGCCUCCAAUCCUCCUUCAACAACAUCCAGCUCCAACAGGCCACUUACGGUUAUAACUUGAACAAGAUGUUGGUCAAGAGUGGAGAGCAAUGGGAAACACCAUCCUUGGAAGCGCUCGCACCUUACAUGCCUCAGGGUUCUUCUUCUCAUGCCGCUCCUUCUGAUGCUGAUGGUGAUGCAGAUGAUGAGGAUGAUGACGAGGAGGAUGUUGUUGAACAAGACAAUGCGACCAUGGAUGAGGAAUGAGUGGAUUGGGAACUCAUUUUCUAGCAUUAACUAUGUUAACUUAUGCCUUACUUAUUGACUCUAUCUUUUGCAUAACCCCUUGUGUUUUUGAUUAUGACGAGGAGGAUGCUGUUGAACAAGACGAUGCGACCAUGGAUGAGGAAUGAGUGGAUUGGAAACUCAUUUUCUAGCAUUAACUAUGUUAACUUA